GUUGCAGCAGAAAAGUGACAACACUGAAAAACGAGCUUGAUUUACCGAAGAUUGAAGAUUUGCAAUAAAUUAUAAAUAUCAAAUUCAAUAAUUAAUAAACGUUAGUUAUACUAACCUUCCUAAAAGUGCCAGAAAGUUAUGUCGGGUGGUGGACCAAGGGGAGGAGGCCGAAAUAAUUACGCCGACUACAAAUCCUUUAACCCGAAUGGGUCAAGUGAACCCCCACCCCUCCGCCGACCGGCUCUCACUGCUACCCAAGUAAGAGCUGCGGCAAAGUUGGGAUUUUCCGAUAAGUAUUUGCCCUCUUCAAUGGCUGGUCACAAUAAUGGGUCGACGAAUGGUCGCGGACAUUCGCACUCUUCUGCUUCCGGUGGGGACAAUUCUGGUUUUCCGGAAAUUGGGGAGUUUUGCUUAGAAGAUUAUGUUGAUGGAGGUCAACAAAAUAAUUCUUAUCAGCAACAGUAUCAACAGCAAGUGGAGGAGGAGGGAUUGCUUCCGCCGUUAAGGCGUCCACAUGUAAAUGAGAUUCCUGCUGAUACUCUUGCAGUCAUAUUAAAGGAUGAACGAUGUGAGGACAUUCUGGCCCUGAAUGCGCAUAAUCAACAACACCCACAAAAUACAGAUCGCAGUCAUUUAACGUCGUCAACUCCUCCAGUGACACAGUCUUCUCGCCCUCAGUCACAUUAUUACCAAAGUCAACCUCCCCCUCCUACGGCGAGUUCACUUCUCCAGCAGAACACGCCAGUGCCGCAGAACUACAACAUUAUGCAAACUCCACCACGAACAAACAACACCGGUUCUGCUAAAUCCUCCACGUCCACCUCCUCAUCAUCCCAAGCCCCAAGACAAAGCAACAUUCGAGUCCAUUUGUCACCAAAUGCAAAAGAGUUUGUUCCCAUGUCAUCCGGUCCAGGUGCAUCGUCUAGUUCUUUGAUGACCACACAAGAAGAAUCAGAAUUGAUGCAAGCCGUUGCUCAGUUUCAGUUACAAAAUCAGCCAGACUUAAUUGACUUCAACAACCAACAGCAGCAAGCUUCUUACGUUGAAGAACAGCCCUGUGGCGACGACAGCAGUGAUUAUGUCUUAUCCACUAUUACUGAUUCGAUAAUGGAUUUGACCAAUCAUCCGGCAAAUUUCGCCCGUACAUCAAAGGCAGUGACUGAAGUUUUGAAAAACUUUUGCGUGGAUUUAGACACCUUAAAUGUCGUUGUUACAUUAUUAGUUGAACAGUCCAUCUCAAAUCCCAACUUUUGCUAUUCUGGAGCUCGGUUGGCUGAAGUACUCAUCAAGAACAAUAUUGCUGUAGGAAAUUCUACGUUCAAAAGUAUUCUUCUCACAAGAUGCCAAGAAGUGUUUUUGCCUUGUAUUGCCAAUAUGAAAAGUGACCCCCAAGUCUUACUAAGAUGUCGUGGGUUGUUAAUGUACUUUGGAGAACUUUAUAUAAACAUUAAGAUUGACGUUUUGGGAUUGGGGGUAUUGGAAAUGAUGGAUAAUCUGAUAAAGGAUCAUGCACAUGACAAUAUCAAAUGUGUUUUCCAGAUUUUAAAGCUUGUCGGGUGGGAUCUUGAGAACUCGAAGAAUACGAAAGUAAAGACGCACUUUGAGCAACUAAUGAAGGACAUGUCAUAUUUGUGCCUGGCUUCGGGCGACAUUCAACCGCAGACGAAAUCACUUUUGGACGCUUUAUUCGAAUUGAAAAAUAAAAAAUGGAACCGAGGAGAUGACGAACCUGCAGAGAGUGUAAAAUCAUACGGGUCCUCGUCCUCUUCUUCAGGCGCUCCCACUGGCAAUCUGUCCCAUAAUAUUUACGAGCUACCAGAUUCGGACGACGAUUUUGAUGAUGAAUGCAUUCUACUUGAUGAUGAGCCGGAUGAGGUUCAGUUAGCGUACGAAGAGUUUUUGAAGUCGGUCAAUUAGCAUCUUUUUAAGUACUAAAUUACAUGAAAUU